AACAUAAAAUAGGUAUAAUAUUAUGAUAUAAUAUGAUGAUAAAAACAAUGUGUACAGUUAUCCGACACCGGUUUGAAGCCGUCCAAAUGACGGAUGGAUUUCUAGAGAGGAUCGUAGUAGUGUGAACAACUGCAUUAUAGUAUAGUGCUCGAACUUCAGAGUUCAGUCUUCAGUGCGCCGUCGUCCACCAUUAAACUAUCAAUAAGUAAUAAUUAUCAUCGUACAAGAAUAAUAACACUGACGCUUUUAAUAAUAUAUGAGUGUGUAAUUUACGCGUGUUAAACGAGUACCGUAUAGUGAUGCCGGCGACUUUUCGUGCUGUAUAAUAUUACGUAUGAGUAUAGAACCCUAAACUAAAUUUAACUCUACACUAAUACUACCCGCCGCUUAUUUUACUUUUUGCGAUGGAAGAAAACGCGCCGGGCCCCAGUACACCGGUCGAACCGCCGGUUGUGGUAAACGUAUACGUCCAAAAACCAUUGAAUAAUUCUUCAGCGACCCAGGGAUUUUUAGCCGUGAUAUCGUUGUUACCGUGUGUGAUUUCGGGGGUCAUUUUGGGAUUUACUGGUGUGUCGAUGUGGAAUUUGCCUCUAUCGUAUCGAAAUUCGACUUGGUUUGUUAGCAUGGCCCCCCUGGGCGCGGCUGUCGGAUGCCUGAUCUCGCACAGCCUGAUGGACUCGUUCGGGCCCCGAGGAUCUGUGCUGCUGAGCCACGUGGUCUGCGCCAUCGGCUGGUUGAUGACGUUCAGCAGUUGGAGCACCACCAACCUGCUGGUGGGCCGCGCGCUCACCGGCGUGUUCGUGGGCGUCGUGUCCGUGGCCGCCACCGCGCACAGUUCCGAAUGUUUCCCGUCCCGGCCGUCCGCCCGGCCGGUCGUCUACACCGCCGUCGGCGUGCUGUGCGUGUACCUGGCCGGGUCGCUGCUCAGCUACGCGCAGACGGCCGCCGUGGCCAUGGUGACCACAGUAGUCUCGUUCGUGCUGGUCCGGACGUUUGUGCCCGAGAGCCCGGAUUGGCUGGAUAGCCGCGGCCGCACCGGCGACGCCGAAUACUCCAGGCUCAAGUUGAGGGUCCAGCGGUUGGCGGACGUGGAACCGUGCGCGCCGCACUGUGCCCCCGGAGACCGAGUGGCCGAGGCCAUCUACCGCCGCCUCCACCAACCGGAUGUCUACCGGCCGCUGCUGGCGCUCAGCCUGCACCUGGCCCUCCAGCAAAUGUCCGGCCCGCUGGUGUUGGUGUCGUACGCCACGCACGUGGUGGACGACGCGGGCGUGCGCGUGCUCAACAACCACUUCGUGGCCGCGGUGCUGGCCGCGUUCCUGGUGGCCGGCGCGUUCGUGUCCACCGCCAUGAACCACCGGGAAUCGUCGGCCACGCUCGCGGCGGCCGGCACGCUGACGGCCGGCGUCGUCAUCGCCGUCUACAACCUCGCCCGCCGGCUGUUCCUCAACCGGCUCGGCUCGCAGCUGCUGAGCUUCAUCCCGCUGUUUGGCCUGAUCGUGUUCUCCACGUCCAGCAGCGUCGGUCUGGUGCCCCACUCGCCCGUCCCGCGGUACGCGCCCGGCGAGCACGUGGCCCUGGCGUUCGGCUACGCCGUCGCCUUCGCCGCCGUCAAGUGCUAUCCGUACGUGUACGCCGCCGUCGGCUGGUGGGUGUUCGCCGUUUUUGCGGUCGCGGCCGCGCUGAACAUCGUUUACGGCGUGCUCACGUUCACCGAACCGGAGUUCACCGCCAAACAGCAGCCAAACGCCGCGGCGGCCGAACGGUCAUCGGCCGAACCGGCCGUUUAGUUGACGACUCGUGUCAUGCUGUAUACGUGCCGGCGGUCGUCCACACGGCGCCGUCCGCAUGAAUAUAAUAUUUUAUGCCGUUAUAAACGUUCUGCCGUACUCUCGAACGCCAUCACGUGCUCCGAGUACGACACGAUAAGACGAUUUAGAGCAAUAAACACACGCGUACACACACACACACACACACACA